UAUCUAUUUGAUAUGAUUUAUUGAAUGAGUGUAAAUUUGAACUCUCCUACUAUAAUUUGACUUUGACAUCAAUGAGAAAAAUUUGCCUCAAACUCGUAAAGAGUAAAGAAGAUGCCGCAUAGAAAAUCAUCGAAAGCAAAACUAGGAGAUAUGGUGAAUACAUAUGGCCAAGUUAAUUAAACCUACGAUGAAGUUCAAACAACAACUUCGCGAAGCCAUAGAUUUUCUGUUCACACGCGGUCCCGCUUCUUCCGCCGACUACACUCGUCUUAUACUUCACUGUGCUCAAUCCAAUGACUUCAAUCAAGCCAAGAGAUUACAGUCUCACAUGGAACUUCAACUUUUUCAACCCACAGAUUCCUUCAUCCAUAACCAACUUCUUCAUAUAUAUGCCAAGUGUGGAAAACUCUCAGAUGCUCAGCAACUGUUUGAUAAAAUGCCUAAGAGGGAUAUUUAUUCUUGGAAUGCAUUGCUUUCUGCUUAUGCCAAGGUGGGUUCGGUCGAGGAUUUGAAUGCAGUCUUUGAUCAGAUGCCGCAGAGGGAUUCUGUUUCAUAUAACACGUUGGUUGCUUGUUUUGCAAGUAAUCGGCUUUCGAGUAAAGCACUGAAUUUUUUUGUGAGAAUGCAAGAAGAUGGGUUUCAGCCUACUCAGUACUCUUAUGUGAACGCGUUGCAAGCAUGUUCUCAGCUCUUGAAUUUAAGGAUUGGGAAACAAGUUCAUGGGAGAGUUGUUGUUGGUGAGUUUGAGAAAAAUACUUUUGUUUGGAACGCUGUGACUGAUUUGUAUGCCAAGUGUGGUGAUAUUGACAGGGCACGCUGGCUAUUUGAUGGAAUGAUUAAAAAAAAUCUUGUCUCGUGGAAUCUGAUGAUGUCUGGGUAUGUGAAAAUGGGAAACCCUGAUGAGUGCAUUCAUUUGUUUAAUAAGAUGCAGUUAUCUGGUUUGAAACCUGACCAAGUUACGGUUUCUAAUGUUCUCAAUGCCUACUUUCAAUCUGGUCGUGUAGAUGAUGCGAGGAAUAUGUUUAGUAAAAUAGCCAAAAAGGACGAGAUUUGUUGGACUACUAUGAUAGUUGGUUAUGCACAAAAUAGAAGAGAGGACAGUGCUUUGAUGCUAUUUAGUGACAUGCUUCGUGAAAAUGUUAGACCUGACAGCCACACCUUUUCUAGUGUCGUAAGCUCUUGUGCCAAGUUAGCAUCUUUGUAUCACGGUCAGGUUAUCCAUGGAAAAAUUAUUCUUAUAGGUGUUGAUAGUAACGUGCUUGUAUCGAGUGCACUUGUUGAUAUGUAUUGCAAGUGUGGAGUCCCUUUGGAUGCUCGGCUAAUUUUCGAAACUAUGCCUAUUAGGAAUGUGAUCCCUUGGAAUUCCAUGAUUUUGGGUUAUGCACAAAAUGGACAGGCUCAGGAGGCCUUGGCUCUGUAUGAAAGAAUGUUGCAAGAAAAUUUCAAACCUGACAAUAUUAGUUUUGUGGGUGUCUUGUCUGCGUGUAUCAAUGCUGAUAUGGUUAAAGAAGGACAUAAAUAUUUCAACUCAAUCAGUGAACACGGAAUGACACCCACGUUAGAUCACUAUGCAUGUAUGAUUACUCUCCUUGGUCGGUCGGAUAAUAUUGACAAAGCGAUGGAUUUAAUUAAAGCUAUGCCUCACAAACCAGAUUACCAAAUUUGGUCUGCCUUACUAUCUGUUUGCUCCAAGGGAGACAAAGAGACUGCAGAGCUUGCGGCUAAUUAUCUGUUUCAACUGGAUCCACAUAAUGCUGGACCUUAUAUUAUGCUUUCCAACUUGUAUGCCGCAUGUGGGAGAUGGAAAGAUGUAGCAGUUGUAAGAUCUCUUAUGAAAAACAACAAUGCAAAGAAGUUUGCUGCAUACAGUUGGGUCGAGGAUGGGAAUGAAGUCCACCGAUUUGUUUCUGACGAUCAAAAUCAUCCAGAAAUGGAAAGAAUCUAUACUGAAUUGAACAGAUUGGUCAUAAAAUUGCAACAAAUUGGCUAUAAUCCAGAUACGGGUAUUGUUCUACAUAACGUGGGAGAGGAAGAAAAAUUGAGAUCCAUCUCGCACCAUAGUGAGAAACUUGCUCUUGCAUUUUCUUUAACUUUAAAACCUAAUGGAGUUUCACCGAUACGGAUCAUGAAGAAUAUACGUAUUUGUGAUGACUGUCAUGUAUUUUUGAAGCUUGCUUCAAUUGUUAUAGCUCGACCAAUCAUUAUAAGAGAUUCAAGCAGGUUUCAUCAUUUCUUUGGUGGAAAGUGUUCUUGCAAGGACCACUGGUAAAGUCUCAAUCAAAUUGUGAUAUCUUCUGAACUUUGAAUGUUUUCGAAAGAAGGGUCCACAAUAUCAUAUGCACUUUGUAUCCUGUCUAAUUGAAACAAGAUGAAAAGCUAUGAUAUGGAUUGAGAUUUCAAGGACUUGCGAAACUGUGCAAAAUGCGAAUGUUAGGCAAGAAGAACAAGGAUGCUAUGAUGAAAGCUUCUUUUGACUAAGCAAAGCAGCUUAAGACAUUUGGGGCUACAACACAAUUAUGUGUUGAGUUCAAUGAUUAAGAUAGACCCUUGAAAGAGUGUCCAGAAAAUUAUUAAAUGCAUGCGUCUUGAUGGAGAUCAGGGGUGGAAAUUAUGUGAUGUGUACCAUAUGAAACACUAUAUUGGCCGAGUAAAUUGCUUGUUUAUUAAUGUAAAAUUAUGAUUAUACACAUUCACAAGCAUUACAUGUUUUAUAUUAAUAAAGGAAAUUAUUUAGUCGUCUCCCUACUAUUGUUCUAAUUGUUCUUUUCUUUCUUAUUAACACAUUUCAGUUUUUGUUAUACAUCAUUCUUGUUCUUAUGUUUUCUAUAUUUUUUUACAUCUUAUAACUGAUCCGCAGACCACAGUCAUAUAUUUACAUUUUACUGUUGAAUAGUGCUACAUCCUACUAAUAAUCUUCCUCGUAUUUUAGAAGAGAAAUGUUGUAAAUAUAUAACUUAGCUCUAAUUAAUAUUUUGAAUUCAAUCAAUAAGAUUCAGAUUUCUUUCUUUUUUCCAACUUUAUAACAAAGCUCCUGCUUUGCUUCUGCAUUUAGUUGCUGUGAUUGGUUUUUUUUAUUCGUGGCGCCCAGUCAAUGUCGCCUGUCGUUAGCCACUAUCCUUCGUCAUUUAUGGCUGUGGACAAAAUCCCCCAGCAACUUAUCCGGCAAUACCACCCAUAUCAGGAGCACGGGAGCUUUUAACGAGCUCAUAGUAGCUCAUGUGUUCAAAUUCUUCAGUCACUGCAUUUUGUUACCUUAUUAUUUUUGGUAUCUACAACUUAUCUUGUUACCCUUGUCAGCCAAAUUUGCCAAUCCAAGGCCCUCUUCUGGACCAUACCAUACUGACCAAAGUUGAAAUGGUGGAAGUGAUGGUUGAUAUGAUUCAAUCUAACUCGGUGGAAGCUGGCUGAGAAAUUGAAAAGAUUUAAGGGGCUCAUGCACAUUUAAAAUUUCUGAAACGUGAGUUCGAAAGACACUUGGACGCAGUGAGGUGGAUGAUGAUGUUGUGGGAAAAGUCAUGCACAAGCAUCAGUGUAUCUGCUUUUCUUGAUGGGCUCUACCAUCUCACUCAAGAGCUCCACUUAUGCGAGUGUGGUGCACUUGCACUCCAAACUCAUAUCAAAUACCCUUGUAUUGUAUUGACUACUAUAGGAG